AUGCUGGAUCUUCAGACGAACUAUUACAGGGAAGUGGAUUAUUAUCCAAAGACGGUCAGCAAAGCACAAGAUAUGUUGAAGAUUCACAUGGAUGUGAUUAAAAAUCCGGGAGUGAACCUGUACCAAGGAAAAGACCAACCUAAUAAAGACAGACUGUUACCAAAGAUCCAAUGGAAGAAUCAGGAUCAACAUGUCAACUAUGGGAAGAAGCUCAAUCUUAUUCAGAUUGGAGCAACUGUCCCAGCUACAGUUCCAGCUAUAGUUCCUGGAACUGUAGCAUCCACAAGUGGAGCAUCAAUUGUUGCGGGAAGCGUUAUCACACCUUUGCGACUUGCUGGUACUACAGGUAAUCAAAUGAUGCAAGUUCCUUCUGGAAUGCAGCUCAUGCAGAUUCCAACUCAAGGUGGCGGCACUGUGACUGUCCCUUAUUCUAUGUCUAUUGGCUAUUGCGAUAUGUCAAAUGUCUUCCACGAUGCUAUCAAGGGAAAGGAUGAGAAUGGCAAUGACAUCUAUCUUAUUCCAUGUCCUGCUGGUACGACAAAUGUCGAACUUCAAGCCGACUGGCACUAUGCUAGUGAAGAUGAAGAUUUGCCUGAUUUUGCUACUGAAGCAGAUCGAGGUCUGCAGUUUAUUCAAAGCCGCAGAAAGGAAAGAGAUCCGUUUGGGUUGUACGCUCAUGUCAUCAUGGACAGUGGUUGUACAAACACCACCAUUUGUCAUGGUGAGCUUAUGCAUGGACUCCGUCAUGCUGAGAAAGAACUUGACAUGCACACUAACGUGGGUAGCAGAGUUCUCGACAAAGAAGGUUUUCUAGGAAGAUUUCCACCUCCAGUCUAUCACGAUGAAGAUGGAAUCGCCAAUGUACUUGCUAUGCGCGAGAUGAUUGCUGCGGGAUACCGCAUUACUAUGGAUACUGAUGCUGACAAUGCUUUUAUUCUGCAUUGUGAUGGAAACAGAAAGAUGCGAUUUGUGAAUGGUAAGGGUGUGUAUGUGUUGGAGCAACUUGGAGCAAAUGUCGAACCAGGUGCCAAAGAGACAAGUGCGAUGUACUGUCGCCAGUUAAGCAACUUAAAUAAUCAACCCCAUUUCAAACUUUCUUCAAACAAACAGAAUGGAUAUGCUGGACUUGAGAUGACCUCCAAGAUGGCAACUGUUCAAUAG